UUAGAAACGAGACUAUCAUAUACAGGAAGAAAAAAAGCAACAUGGCGACUGCAGAGGUUGAAAAUCCAACUCUUCACACGUGUGAGACUGUGGGAUGCGACAAAGAAGCAAAGUUACAAUGCCCUUCAUGUAUCAAGCUUCAGAUACAAGGAUCUUUCUUUUGCUCACAAGAAUGUUUCAAAGGAAGCUGGGGAGAGCAUAAACAAGUCCACAAGAAAGUGAAAGCGAAACAAGAAGUCAAACCUUAUAGUCCUUGGCCAGGUUAUUACUUCACCGGAAAACUGCGCCCAUCUCCUCGGGGGCCUUUAAGAGACUUACCUCUUACCAUAGACAGACCAGACUAUGCUGACCAUCCUGAGGGUUACCCAGCUAGUGAGAUGUCUGUCAGAGGUAACAGUUACAUCAAGCAACUUAGUAAGGAUGAGAUUGAAGGUCUAAGGGCAGCAUGUAAGUAUGGAAGGGAAGUCCUGGACAUAGCGGCAGCUAUGAUUAAGCCUGGUAUCACAACAGAUGAUAUUGAUGAUGCUGUACACAAGGCAUGUAUAGAGAGAAACUGCUAUCCCUCACCACUCAACUAUAGGGGUUUCCCCAAGUCAUGCUGCACGUCAGUGAAUGAGGUGAUAUGUCAUGGGAUUCCUGAUCAGAGACCUUUAGAAGACGGUGACAUAGUCAAUGUUGACAUCACUGUUUACUACAGAGGUUACCAUGGCGAUUUGAAUGAAACAUUCUUUGUGGGCAAAGUAGAUGACAGAAUUAAAGAACUAGUGAAAGUUACUUAUGGGAGUAUGAUGCAAGCUAUAGAUAUAGUGAAACCUGGAGUGAAGUAUCGUGACGUUGGAGCUGUUAUACAGAAGCACUGCCAAGCACAUGGUUUCUCAGUUGUAAGAACAUACUGUGGACACGGCAUACACAAACUCUUCCACACCGCUCCCAAUGUUCCAUUCUAUGCCAAAAAUAAAGCUGUGGGAGUUAUGAAGCCUGGACAUGCAUUUACUAUAGAACCUAUGGUUAACGACGGUGUUUGGAAGGAUGCUCUGUGGCCCGAUGACUGGACGGCAGUGACCACCGACGGCAAGUGGUCAGCGCAGUUUGAACAUACCAUGAUCGUCACGGACACCGGUGUGGAGGUUCUGACAGCGAGGGGCGCGGGCCACGGAAGACCGCAUUUCCUAGAUCAGAUGGACUCGUAGUUUUUAUUCCUAGGUUUCAUAAGCGACUUUUUCAAAUGUUUCCUGCAUUUUUGUUGAAUAAAUCAAGUGGCUGGGAUUACAUAGAUAGGCAUCAUGGGAUGCAAGUAUCUAUUAUUUCACUCUUUCUUUAAAGGGAUCGUUUAAAAAUGUUAAAUCUGAAAUACAGGACCCUACGUGUUAUCAGUGUCUGUCGUAUGGUGUAAUAUUGA